CCUCGCCACGUGACCCGGACGGGCGGAAGCGGAAGUGCCGGCCCGGAGCCCGUGCUAGGCGGGUGUCCCCUCGGCGCUGCUCAGCCGCCGCCUGCACCAGCCAUGGACUGCUACACGGCAAACUGGAACCCGCUCGGGGACUCUGCCUUUUACCGGAAAUAUGAGUUGUACAGCAUGGACUGGGACCUGAAGGAGGAACUCAGGGACUGCUUGGUAGCUGCUGCGCCCUAUGGAGGCCCUAUUGCUCUAUUGAGGAACCCAUGGCGGAAGGAGAAGGCUACAAGCAUACGGCCAGUGCUUGAGAUCUACUCUGCUUCUGGCCUGCCUCUGGCCAGUCUGCUGUGGAAGAGUGGGCCCGUGGUGUCCCUCGGCUGGUCAGCUGAGGAGGAGCUGCUCUGCGUGCAGGAAGAUGGUGUAGUACUGGUUUACGGACUUCAUGGUGACUUCCGGAGACACUUCAGCAUGGGCAAUGAGGUGCUCCAGAACCGAGUUCUAGAUGCCCGGAUCUUCCAUACUGAGUUUGGUUCAGGGUUGGCCAUCCUCACCGGGGCCCACCGCUUCACCCUCAGUGCCAACGUGGGAGAUCUUAAGCUUCGCCGGAUGCCAGAGGUGCCAGGUCUGCAGAGUGCACCCUCAUGCUGGACCACACUGUGCCAGGACCGAGUUGCACACAUUCUUCUGGCUGUGGGGCCUGAUCUUUACCUCCUCGACCACGCAGCCUGCUCCGCAGUGACGCUCCCUGGCCUGGCCCCAGGAGUGAGCAGCUUCCUGCAGAUGGCUGUCUCCUUCACCUACCGACAUCUGGCACUCUUCACAGACACAGGCUACAUCUGGAUGGGGACAUCAUCACUCAAGGAGAAGCUGUGUGAGUUCAACUGCAACAUCCGGGCCCCCCCGAAGCAGAUGGUCUGGUGCAGCCGUCCUCGCAGCAAAGAGAGGGCUGUCGUGGUGGCAUGGGAGAGGCGUCUAAUGGUGGUGGGUGAUGCACCCGAGAGCAUCCAAUUUGUGCUGGAUGAAGACUCCUACCUGGUGCCUGAGCUGGAUGGGGUCCGCAUCUUCUCUCGUAGCACCCACGAGUUCCUGCAUGAGGUUCCAGUGGCCAGCGAGGAGAUCUUCAAAAUUGCCUCAAUGGCCCCCGGGGCACUGUUGUUGGAGGCCCAGAAAGAGUAUGAGAAAGAGAGCCAAAAGGCAGAUGAGUACCUACGGGAGAUCCAGGAGCUGGGCCAGCUGACCCAGGCCGUGCAGCAGUGCAUUGAGGCUGCGGGACAUGAGCACCGGCCAGACAUGCAGAAGAGUCUGCUCAGGGCGGCCUCCUUUGGAAAGUGUUUCCUCGACAAAUUUCCACCUGACAGCUUCGUGCGCAUGUGUCAGGACCUGCGUGUGCUAAAUGCCAUUCGGGACUAUCACAUCGGAAUCCCCCUCACUUAUAGCCAAUAUAAGCAGCUCACCAUCCAGGUGCUGCUGGACAGGCUUGUGUUGCGGAGGCUUUACCCCCUGGCGAUUCAGAUUUGCGAGUACCUGCGCCUUCCUGAAGUGCAGGGUGUCAGCAGGAUCCUGGCCCACUGGGCCUGCUAUAAGGUGCAACAGAAAGACGUGUCUGACGAGGAUGUUGCUCGGGCCAUUAACCAGAAACUGGGGGACACACCAGGCGUCUCUUACUCUGACAUUGCUGCACGGGCCUAUGGAUGUGGCCGCACAGAGCUGGCCAUCAAGCUGCUGGAGUAUGAGCCACGCUCUGGGGAGCAGGUACCCCUUCUCCUAAAGAUGAAGAGGAGCAAACUGGCACUGAGCAAGGCUAUCGAGAGUGGGGACACUGAUCUGGUGUUCACGGUAUUGCUGCACCUGAAGAAUGAGCUCAACCGAGGAGAUUUUUUCAUGACUCUUCGGAACCAGCCCAUGGCCCUGAGUUUGUACCGACAAUUCUGCAAACAUCAGGAGCUAGAGACACUGAAGGACCUUUACAAUCAGGAUGACAACCACCAGGAGCUGGGCAGCUUCCACAUCCGAGCCAGCUAUGCUGCAGAGGAGCGUAUUGAGGGGCGAGUCGCAGCUCUGCAGACAGCAGCCGAUGCCUUCUACAAGGCCAAGAAUGAGUUUGCAGCCAAGGCCACGGAGGAUCAAAUGCGGCUCCUGCGGCUGCAGCGGCGCCUGGAAGAUGAGCUGGGGGGCCACUUCGUGGACUUGUCUCUGCACGACACAGUCACCACCCUCAUCCUGGGCGGCCACAGCAAGCGUGCAGAGCAGCUGGCACGUGACUUCCGCAUUCCGGACAAGAGGCUCUGGUGGCUGAAGCUGACCGCCCUGGCAGAUCUGGAAGAUUGGGAGGAGCUAGAAAAAUUUUCUAAGAGCAAGAAAUCGCCCAUUGGCUACCUGCCCUUUGUCGAGAUCUGCAUGAAGCAGCACAACAAGUAUGAGGCCAAGAAGUAUGCCUCCCGAGUGGGUCCCGAGCAGAAGGUCAAGGCCUUGCUUCUCGUUGGGGAUGUGGCUCAGGCUGCAGAUGUGGCCAUUGAGCACCGGAACGAAGCAGAGCUGAGCCUCGUAUUGUCCCACUGCACUGGAGCCACAGAUGGGGCUACAGCCGACAAAAUUCAGCGGGCUAGGGCACAAGCCCAGAAGAAGUGAGGGACUCCCCCAGCACAUCUCCUUGAGCCCUAGGCUUGGCAGAAGCAUCACUGCUCAUCCAGCUUCUUCAGAGCCGAGCUGAGCUGAGAAGUUGGGGUGGGGUGGGAGCCAAGGGUCUGGUUGUAAAUAAAGUUGGGACAUUUUAGAGUGCUUA